AUGUCGUUGCAGGAGACCGGUGAGCUGCUCGAACUAACUGAGAGCAUGCAUGGUGCAGUUGCACGAGUAUUUGGUAGACACCAGGCGGAUGUCGGAUCUAAAUUGGGUUCGUGUCCUCUCGGCGUUUUAUGA